AGCCGGUGUGAGGCGGUGCCCACUGUGUUCGCGUCCCUCGGGCAGUAGAGCCAUGGAGCCCGGGGCUGCUGAGCUUUAUGACCAGGCCCUGCUGGGCAUCCUGCAGCACGUGGGCAAUGUCCAGGACUUUCUGCGCGUGCUCUUCGGCUUUCUCUACCGCAAGACCGACUUCUACCGCCUGCUGCGCCAUCCUACUGACCGCAUGGGCUUCCCGCCCGGGGCCGCACAGGCCCUGGUGUUGCAGGUCUUUAAAACAUUUGAUCACAUGGCCCGCCAGGAUGAUGAGAAAAGGAAGAAGGAACUGGAAGAGAAAAUCAGAAAAAAGGAGGAAGAGGCCAAGGCAGUGGCAGCUGCCACAGCUGAGAAGGAAGCUGUGCCAGUCCCAGUGCAGGAGGUGGAGAUUGAUGCUACCACAGCGUUGAGUGGACCUCGGGAAGUAGAAAAGGAGGAGCUCCCAGGCCCACAGGGCCCCGAGCGCAAAGUGACCCAUGGCUCGGAGGAGGCAGAAGCUCCAGGAACAGCUAGCAGUGCUGCUGAAGGCCCUAAGGACCCUCCUGUGCUCCCCAGGAUCCAGGAGCAGUUCCAGAAAAAUCCUGACAGUUACAAUGGUGCCAUUCGUGAGAACUAUACCUGGUCGCAAGACUACACUGACCUGGAGGUCAGGGUGCCAGUGCCCAAGCAUGUGGUGAAGGGGAAGCAGGUCUCUGUGGCCCUUAGCAGUGGCUCCAUCCGCGUGGCCAUGUUGGAAGAAAAUGGAGAGCGGGUCCUCAUGGAAGGGAAGCUCACUCACAAGAUCAACACCGAGAGUUCCCUCUGGAGCCUUGAGCCGGGCAAGUGUGUUUUGGUGCCUUCCUGGAAGGAACGUCCCACAACAUUCCCGUUGGCCCAAACUCAAUCACACGGGCAGCUGCGAGGAGUAAAGCCAUCCUCACUGGGCACAGUGCUUCCCUGAAUAGAAAUGAGGUUCCGUUACUAAGGAAGGAAAGGGAUAUAAAUGCUGGUGAGUCAUCGGCACAGAUCGGGGGAUGCUGAGGUAAGUUUAUUCACACUGAGGGUGAAGUUUUUCUGUGAGGACAUUUUGGGAGCACUGUUCAGUCAGUGACAGUCUGGGGUCCCUCUGGGAAAUUAUUAUGUUCUGGGACCAGGCAGAUAAAAGAGGACCUGGAAAAUGAAAGUGUAUCCAGGAAAUGAUGAGGUCACAGUGACCUUGUAGAGGGCACCUAAUUCUGACCCAAUGAAUGGUUCAGAGUGACUUUCUAAACCACUGAGAAAAGAGGCCAGGAGGCAGGUGCUCACUUUAGCAGUGCUUAUGCCCUGUCAGUAAGUAGAAACUGGCUGCAAGGUCAGGUGUCCCAACCUGUCGGGAGGUGGGACCUCAUAGGAACCUAAGAUCUUGACAUUUGGUAUGUUGGUGACAAUGUGGGAAGCCCUGGGAUGAGAGGGAACAUCCUUGCAGGACGCCUGCAGGUGGACCACAGACACACCUGGGUACCUCAGGAGACACUAGACACGGUCCUUAGCAAAGUAGAGAGGACGACCAUGGUCCUGUGCUGCUGGGGGGCUGAGGCCAGGCUGCUACUUCAGAGGACUUGCCUAGUCUUAGAAAGUAACUCAGGGUAAAGGGCCGGUACAAUGUUCUUUACUCUCAAAUGGUUCAUAAACAAACAUUAUUAUGUUGUAUGCCAACACAUAGAGUGCAAGAGCUGCUAAAUGCCUGUGUGGCUCUCUGUACUUUGAGCAAUGUGUAAAUUUGAAGUUAUUUGUAAAUAAAUGAGUGGUAUUGCAAGCAUACAAGGAAACUCAGCAUCAUUAGGGGGGAAAAGUCAAAAUUACAGUGAGAGGCCUUAUAUACCUGUGAGAGUGGCUAAGAAGCCCACAGUGCUCAAUUUGAAGGAGCUGUGGUACCCUGAACUCACUGCUGCCGUGAGCGCCAGGCGGUGGGCAUAGCCAGUGUGCUCACAUUGCAUAACAACCUACUCUAUGCUCCCAAGAGGUGGAAACACACAGAUCCUCACGAUAGCUUCCUGCCCAACUGCCAAACCUUAGGAACAUCUCCAUGGCCAUGGACAGAUAGUGUUCACCUACGUCAUGGAAUAGUCUUGCCAAGCGUCAUAGUCCACAGGAUCCAGAAAGGACGUGUGUGACAAGCUCACAAGCUGUGGGUUUCAUGGGGAAGACACCCUGGACCUGGACAAGCUGGAUGGCAAGAUGAGCAAUGCAGAAUGGAGUGGAGGGAGGGGCCUGGCUGUGGGUGGGCUGCAGUGGAGGAGAUGAAACUGCAGCAGGGCGAGUUUUGCUGUGUGCAAACUACACCUCCACAAGUCCAACUUGUUACAGAGUAACAAAAUGUUAAAACAAACACAGCUAAUUUAAGCAAGCCAUGGGAGUCCUUUUGCCUGGGUGUGGUCUUUAGCCAGGAACCCUUGAGGCCUGUUACAUGAACAUUUUUUCUUUGUUCUCACACAACUCUGAUUCUGUCUUCAGUAUCAAUAACACCCUACCCCACCUUCUCAGAACUGAGUGUAUUCUAACCACUUUAAGUAGUUUAUUUGGAAGAUUAAAUGCCCAAAGUGUCUUACCUGGGUUCCAUAGAAGUAUCACUCCAAGGAAGUCAGUGAUGCUUAGAACUUGUCAGCUAACUUGUCAACUUCUGGGACAUGAAGCUAUUUAAAAAAUAAAGGAUAGGUCCUAGGUGUGAGGAUAAGGAGCCAGACAGAACAGCACAUGAAAUGCUUUGUGGAAAAGGAGGCCAGGCCAGUGAAGGGUGAGGAGAAUCACACUAGCACUGCAGCCUUACUUAAUCUUUGACUGCCCACUCAGAGCAUUCACAAAAUUUUUAGAAAUACCGUCUUGGAUUUUCCAAGCAUCUUUGGUGUGGUCUGCUGCCCCAGAUUCAAGAGCAUCCUGGACCUUAGGAGAGAGGUCACUGAGGAAAAUACUGGCCCGUGUAUGCUUGUAUGUAGCCAGGCAAAGGAAUAACGAUUAAGCUGCUGCAUCCCUGAAAAUAGCUAUAACAACAACCAAAAAUCCCAAAUGUCCACGAGGGAGCAGAUGGAGCCUUUCCUUGUGCAGCACCAGGAUGUCCAGCUCCAAUGGAAAACAAUGAGGUGGAUUCUUGAAACCUGCAGUAGAGGUGCCAAGUGAGCCAGCAGUUCCAUUCGUAGGUAAAUGCCAAAGGAGCCGAAAGGGGGAGAAUGGAUGGUUAGGUUGUGGUAAGUUUAUCCUGUGGAAUGCUUUCAGCACGGAGAGGAAUGAAGUUCUGCUACAAGCCACAGUACGAUGUCCUUCAGAAACUCUAUAAUAAGUGAAAUAAGUCAACACAGCAAUAUAAGGUUUCAUUUGUGUGACAUCUGAUGAGACCAGUAAUUGUGCCAGAGGUGUCGGAGAAGAUAUUUAAGAGACUUUAUUAUGGUAAAAUGAAGAGCGACUACAACUGGCUGUAGGCUUCUUUCUGGAGUGAUGUUUGAGGGUAUAGACAUGACGGCUGGUUGCAUACCAUCGUGGAUGUGCCAAAUGCCAUUCGACUGUUCACCUUUGGGGAAAAAAAGUGUUAUGUAAUUUCACAAUAAAAAAAUUGUUUUUAAAACAA